CAUGGAUUCUCAGGACCACCACAACAACACACAACAAUCUCCAGGAGGCAAGAGCAAUGGGGCUCAUGUCUGCACUAAAUGUGGUUGGAACUAUCCUAAUCCACAUCCUAGUGCUAAAAACCGGCGUGCACACAAGAAAAUUUGUGGAACCAUCAAAGGAUUUGAGAUCGUUGAUUCCGACAAGGCCAAACAUAAUCUUGAUUUGCAGGAAGAACAUUGCUUGGAUGAUGAGCAAAAACUUCAAAGUCCAAGAGUUGUGGAGAAAGCUAAUGAGAAAAUUGGGGAUAUAUCUGAAGAGGAUGUGUUUGCAGAUGCUGUUAGUGAAUUUUCUAGAUCUGACUCUUUCAAGGUAAAGGAAGAGACAGCAACAAAUUGCCCCGUAAAGAGUACUAAGAAUCCUGGUGACACUCAGCUAAACAACAGUUCGUCAACGGUCUGUAUUAUGAAGAGUUCUGAAGUUGUUCAAGAAAGUUGUGAAGUUCCACCCGUGGAAGUCCUUGACGUCCCAAGUUCAGUGGAAGCUUCUUCUGGUAACCAACAAGGUGGAGCACCUUCUACUGAAGGACAACAGUCUAUGGCGUCUGAAACUCUGAAUGAGUCAUCACAGGAAGCUCAGGUCAUUAACGGUGGUGUUGAUGUUGGAGCAGAGACAGAAUGCAAAGGAAAAUUACCGGAUGAAUCUGAUUCUAAGGUAUCAUUUGCAUUAGGAAAGAGAGAGGAUACUUCGACUUCAUCAUGGAAUGAUGAAGUGAUUUACUCGGACUUGGAGGGUCCUGAUGGAUUUGCUUUUGAAGCAACGAGUAUGGUUCAUCCUGGUGAUGCUGACAAUAUAGUCAGUGAGAAUACUUCUUCGGUAGAAGCCAAUGCAGCUCAAGCUAUCAGCACCAGCCAAUCUGCUUCUGAUGGUAAACCUUUUGCAGAAAAUGCUGAUGUCUCCCUGCAUGGAACCAAAGGCCCUGAAGGAUAUGAAUCAAGUCAUUCUGUGAACCCUUGUUUUCCUGAGACACCUGAGGCUGAUACUCGGACUCAGGCAGAGAGUUUAGGCCGUCAGCCUUUAGCCUUAAGCAUUGACUCCGAGGUUCCUUCAUCAGACAAGCUUCUCUUGGAAGACAAAACUGAAUCUCAAGGCCAAACUGCUUCGGUUGCAGUUAAGGACUUUCCCAGCGCAGAGAACAUAGUGAUAUCUAAGAGUGACCCUGAAGAUAAUGAAAUGAAGGAUGAAGAGGGUGGAUCAUCUUUUAGUGGUUCCCAAGAAACUGCUGAAUCAGAAACCUUGAGAGCGUCCCUACCUGCGGUAGAUUCUAUAGUUGCUAGCUCAAAUGCUGAUGUGAGCGCUAACAAAACUGGUGUUCUCAUUGAUCAUGAGAGUGAAGUUGUUCAAGCAAAUGUCGUAUCUGAGGGAAUCAUGGGUUUUGAAUCCCCUGUAUCUGUUGUAUUGGAGGGAGACAAUGCAAGCGACCAGAGGAAACGCUCAACAAAAACAUCUGAAGACUCCAUCCUCCAAAUCAGUUCUGAAGUCUGUAAAAGUAAUGAUGAAGCUCUCAGAGGGAGUAGCAAAGGGGGGCUUGUGGAGGAAAGCAGUUUCAAAAACGUAACAAAUACAAAGGAUGAUCGUAUAAGCCAUUCUGGAUCGACAGGCACUACACCUGAGGAUUCUGUGAAGACAGCAGAUCAGAAGCUGCUGGAAAGUGGAAGGACAGAGUUCAAUAGAGUUGUUGGUGGCUUGGGGGUUAUUCAAGCAAAUGAGAUUGACGGUCAUGUCAAAGCACACAACUUUUAUGCAGAGGUCCCUGUGACAAUCGAAUCAAAUGAUCAUCGAGAUUUAGGGAGGUUGCAGAAUCUUUCAGAAACACACAUUAGAUCCCUGGUUUCCAGUCCUCUAGUCACUCGGAAUAAUACAUCUAAUGCCUUUGAAUCCAACAUGAAAUCGGUUUCAGGAGUUAGUGAUGGAGUUAACAAACCGGACAACGGAUCUGAGUCAUCAUCACUUGCUGUAUCUCAGUCGAAGAACCAAGAGAUCACUAUGGAGAAGACAACAAGCUGGGGCUCAGCAAAGGAGCAGCACGUUCCGCUGAAGAACCUUCUGAGUGAAGCAAGAUCACCAAGGUUAGUAGCAGAGGCAAAGAAGGAUCAUCAUGAGAGUAACAUACCGAGAGUGAGUUCGAUAUUGGACCAAGAGACUUCCCCUGAAGACGCUCGCUGGCCCGAGAGAGGAGAGGUGAGUGAGGAGUGGAAUUCACCAGCAAAGUAUCCAGUGGACUUGAAGAGAGAGGAGAAGAAAGUGAAAGGAAGACCCUUUUGGGUGCCAUUUGUUUGCUGUUCCUCUGUUAAGUAAAAGGCUUAGUUGUAUAAUUUGUAGGAAGAUGAAUGAUUAAGAAGUUGGUAGUAGAAGACUUUUAUAUAGAAGCUAGUAGUUUGGUUCUUUGUAGAAUUGUAGGAGCUUUUGUUACUUUAUGCAGACCACUUAUGGCUUUUACUUUUACCAUAUGAAUGAACUCGUUUUUAGAUGCGUUUAGAUGUAAAAUUUUUGUUUCUCGUA